AUGGGUCUUGGUAAGACUGGCAAGAAAUUGGCUCAAUAUCUUGUUGAUAAUGGUGCAAUAUGUGUUGGUGUAAAAGAAACUGAUGCCUAUAUAUAUAAUUCUAAUGGUAUCGAUAUUAAAGAACUUUUUUCUUAUUUUGAAGAACAUUCUUCUUUUAAAAACUUUAGUAUGGCAAUACCAGAAUCAAACGAUAAAAUAUUUCAAGAAAAGUGCGAUAUUUUAAUUUUUGCUGCGAAUCAUAAAAGUCUUAUUUGCUAUGUUGCCGAUAAGGUAAAAGCUAAGUUAAUAGUGGAAGCAGCUGAUAGUCCUAUAUCACCAGGAUCACAUAGAAUUUUAAGCCAUUCUAAGAUGGUGAUACCAGAUAUUUUUGCUUGUGCCGGUUGUACAAUUGCUUCUGCCUUAGAGUAUAUGCAGAAUUUAAAACAAGUUAACAGUCCAUUAAAUGAUAUGUUAAAAUAUUCAGACAAAAUUUAUGAAGAAUUAUCAAAUGGUCUGUGUAUUCAUAGUGAACAAAAAAUAGCUUCACCGUUUUCUGUGCAAAAAAUAUCUUCUCAUAAAAUUAAUUCUGAUGUUCUUGAAAAUACCAUUAAAAAAAUAACGGAAAAUGUAGGAAAAGAAAUAAUUGGAACAAUUAAAGAAUUUCAGUUGGGUCAUGACGUUAGAUCAGCUGCAUAUAUCGUAUCCCUGCAGAAAAUGUAUAACAAAAUGUAUGCUACCCAAAGGUUUUUGUAA